AGGCGUUCAUGAAGCCGUAGCAACAGUGAUCAGGAAACAAGUGAGUUUGUUUUCUCUCUGAUGUGUACGCUUUUCUGUGGACAUAGCUGGUGCUACAGACUAGAGGUACUGGAUAACUCGCUAAUCGCAUGCUCCCAAACUCCUGUAGUUACUAGGCACACGCUGCAGGUAUCUUGCCUCCAAACCCCAUCCCCUGCUCUUACGAAGGAGUGUUGCCAUGGUGGAUGUGAGUAAGUGGCCUCUCUUCACCCUCUUGAGCGCACAGGAGCUCGCCUCCAUACGACAGGCAUGCAUCUUUGGAGCAUCUGCGAAUGAGGCCAUCUAUAUCACCCACGAUGACGAAGUGUACGUGUUGGGUUUGAACUGCAGUAAUUGUCUGGGCACUGGAGACAGUCAGAGCACAGUUGUUCCUAAAAAGCUGGACUGUCUGACAGGGAAGAAGCUGGUUAGUUUAAGCUAUGGCAGUGGCCCUCAUGUUCUGCUGGCUACAGAAGAGGGGGAGUUGUAUGUAUGGGGGCAUAAUGGAUACAGUCAGUUGGGCAAUGGGACGACCAAUCAAGGUGUGUCUCCUAUUUUGGUGUCUACUAACCUGCAGAACAAGAGAGUGACUGAAGUUGCCUGUGGUUCUCACCACUCUUUGGCUCUAACCCAUGAGGGUGAGGUGUUUGCGUGGGGCUACAACAACUGUGGUCAGGUGGGUUCAGGGUCCACCGCCAACCAGCCAGCACCCCGCAAGGUGUCCAACUGUCUGCAGAAGAGAGUGAUGGUCAGUAUAGCCUGUGGACAGACUUCAUCCAUGGCUGUGGCGGAUAAUGGCGAGGUUUAUGGCUGGGGUUACAAUGGCAACGGCCAGCUAGGGUUAGGCAACAAUGGGAACCAGCUGACACCAUGUCAUUUGAUUGCGCUACAAGGCUUCUGUGUGGUUCAGAUUGCUUCAGGUUAUGCUCAUUCUCUAGCACUGACCGAUGAGGGCCUACUUUAUGCAUGGGGGUCCAACACUUACGGCCAGCUGGGCACUGGCAACAAGAGCAACCAGCUCGGCCCUGUACAGGUCAUGGCUGAGAAAGAAAGGAUUGUGGAGAUCGCCGCCUGUCACUCCACACACACCUCUGCAGCAAAGACCCAGAGCGGUCAGGUGUUCAUGUGGGGUCAGUGCCGGGGACAGCCCAUCGUGCUGCCGCACCUCACACACUUCACCAGCACGGACGACGUCUUCUCCUGCUUCGCCACGCCAUCUGUGAUGUGGCGGAUGAUUUCCAUGGAGCAUGAUGACUUCCUGACCGUGGCCCAGUCCCUUAAAAAAGAGUUUGACAGUCCUGAGACCUCUGACCUCAAAUUCAGCAUUGACGGGAAGUACAUCCAUGUCCACAAAGCUGUUCUCAAAAUCAGGUGCGAGCACUUCAGAUCAAUGUUUCAGUCGCACUGGAAUGAGAACAUGAAGGAAGUGAUUGAGAUCGACCAGUUCUCGUACCCGGUGUACCGCUCUUUCCUGGAGUUCCUCUACACAGACAGUGUGGAUCUUCCUCCUGAGGACGCCAUUGGGUUAUUGGAUCUGGCAACCUCAUACUGUGAAAACAGGCUGAAGAAGUUGUGCCAACAUAUCAUAAAGAGAGGAAUCACUGUGGAGAACGCUUUCUCUCUGCUGUCUGCUGCCAUCAGAUAUGAUGCUGAGGAUCUAGAGGAUUUCUGUUUUAAAUUCUGUGUGAACCACUUGACUGAGGUCACGCAGACAGCUGCGUUCUGGCAGAUCGACGGCAACAUGCUGAAGGAGUUUAUCUCCAGAGCCGGCCACUGUGGAGCCUUCAAAAACUGACUCAGACUGCCCCCAGAUACACAGCGCUCAAAGUAUUAGACAAGGAACCCAUCUGUUACCCAUCUGUCCUCCUCACAGCUAGUGGGCGCUGUGACACCAGACAGUCUUUAACACACAGCGCCCCCUGUUGAGUAGGAGAGGAACUUCAUGAAGAAGAGACGAUGUCUGUGUUAGUCUCAUCUACAACCAUUUCAUACUCAUCUGUUACAUAAGAUAGUUGAUUGCCAAGUGCUAAUGACAGAGUGUUAGCACACUGUAAUAAAAUGGGAGUGUGUUUGAGCCAAACAGAGGCAGAAUUUAAUUGUAUUACUUAAACAUGCACCACUAAAAAGCUGACAAAGAGACUAAUUCAUUGUUUUCAUUCUGUUUUGUACCUUAUACGUUUUUGCACCGGUCACUAAUCAGACUUGUUUUCUUGCAGUGAUGCAGUGCAUUGAUUGUUUUCUGUUGGCUGGGAUCUGUAAAUGUGCAUUAUAUCAGAUACAGUCAGAAGAACGUAGUGAUCUGGCUCUUUAUGUUGUUGACUCAGUUUUGUCUAAAUGUUAUUGACCAAAAUAAUUUCUGUUAUGUGAUGUUUUUGUUUUUGCUUGAUUUGAGUCUUUAAGCCUUUUCUUCAGAUUAGGAAGACCACUGUUUGCUAUCGCUUGGUUUAGUCUCUGCCGCCACUGUGAAUGACUAAAGCUUAACUUAGUAAUUAAGCUUGCACUUAACCAGUCUGAUGUUUAAAUUUGCUAAAAUAUAAGUAUUAUUCAUAGUUGCACUAGUAGUUUCCUGUACAGGAGCUGCUCAUGUAAGAUCACUAGAGAGGGAAUAUGACUCUUUACAGCUGCACAUUAUUAUAGGUGUGAAACACUUAGAUUUCAUAAUGCUAAUGGCUAUGGUAAGAUUUA